GUGGUUCAGAAAAGCUCAAGCGGUGUUCCAGUGCGUGUUUGUGUCUUUUGUGGCGAUAUAUUAACUAAAAAUUUAGGGAAAUCCCCUGGGAAAUGGCUGAGGCGUUCGAUCUGUUUGCUAACAUUGAUGAUCUGAAUGAUGAUUCGCCUCCAGUAUCGCUUCCUGUGACGCCUUUGGCCAUGGAUGAUUCCAGUCCUUCGGUGGCGAUUUUUUCGCCUGAGAGAAGGAACAACAUCGUCAGUGUUGGUCAAAACUUGUCCAGCAACACUGAUAGACCAAUGACAAAGAAGGAAGAGCAGCUGAUGAAGAGGUAUCAGAAGAAGAAGGAGCAAAUCCAGAAGAAAAUGGACAAGAAAAAGAAGACUGAAAUGCGCAGAGAAGCACUGAUGAAUCUCCUGACCACCUCAACACCGAGGAAUUCCCCUGCGAGACAGCGAAGAAGACGCCGGAACGUCCGAAGUUCGCCUGUUUAUGAAGACUGCGAAGAUUAUAUCACUGUCGGCUCUCCUCCGGAUCCUCAACCAUCGUGCUCAAUAGACUUAACAGGCAAUUCCACAACAAUAUCCUCCGUGGAUCUCUCGUCGGAGCUGGAUUAUGAGAUCACGAUCAAGCUGAAGUGGAAUGGAGGCUUUGAGAGGAUUCCUUACAUGCACUUGAAGCCCUUCGAUGCGCUCUUCCAGACGCUCAGCCAACGGGAAAAGACGGAUUCCAGGAAAAUCCUGCUCUCCAUGAACGGCACUGUUGUCUCUCCAGUCGACACGCCCAGCUCCAUCGGCUACAGCAGUGCAGACUUCAUUUCCGGCUGCGUGGCUGAGAAUAUUCUGCAGUCCGGGAAGACGAAGAAGGCGGUGAAGAAGCUCCGUGCCGGCAUUGAACUGAAGAUUCAGUCGGAUCGCUGGAAGAGGCCAAUCAUCAUCACGGCGGGGAAGCAGGACACUGUCCAGGAGUUGCUGAAAAAGUGUGCAGAGGAGCUGAAGUGCUCGACAGAUGAGAUUUUCCUACGAUUCGAUGGCGAGACUCUGGGUCCGGCGCUGACGCUGCAAGACUUAGAGAUGGAAGGGGGCGAAAUUCUCGAUUGUGUGUUCAAGAAAGGGACGAUGAAGUAGAAGAAAUUCCAUUUAAUUCAUUAAAAAUUUCGUUAUCGAACUUCCGACUGACUCAAUUCAGAGGAAUGCCAGGAAUUCCCGACCAAUUUCAGGUCAAUUUCCGAAGGGUGUGCUGGAAUGGAAAAGAUGGUGAAGUCGAAGGGUUGCUUCCUGGGCGGAGUGCUCGAUUAAUUUCCUGUGUUGCUUUAAUUUAAUUUUUUUUCGACCGAUGGAGAUGAAAUUUGAAAUUUAAUAUUGAGAUUAUUGAGAGUUAAGAGACUGUAAAUUAAUGUU